CGUGUCUCCAGCGUCCCGCAGAAACCGGCGCGCAUUCCUCUGUGGCCAAGAGAGCAAGAGAGAGAAAGAAGGAAAGAAAAAGCCCGAGGUUGUCAGCCGCAGGUGGAGGUGGACCGGGAGGAGGUGCGCGGGCGGAGUGUGUGUGUGUGUGUGUGGGGGGCGGAGGGGGGGUUCUGGUGGGACAUGGACAGCGCGAGACGACCAGCGCGUGAAGCCGCUCGACUGCAGGGAUCGUGACGGGCUGAUUUGGAGCGGGUUUCGCCAUGGCGGGCUGCUGGCUGUGGUGCCGCCGCAGCUGUGCGUGCUGUCUGUCCGAGGAGGAGAAGACCAACAUCGCCGUGGACAAAGAGAUCAAGAGGAUCCUCAAGCAGCAGAAGAAGAAGGAGAGAAGGGAAAUCAAAAUCCUCCUGCUGGGGACCGGCGAGAGCGGAAAAACCACCUUCAUCCGACAGAUGAGGAUCAUCCACGGACGAGGCUUCUCAGAGGAGGAGAGGAGGACAUUCGCCAAAUGCAUCUUCCAGAACAUUGUCACCGCCAUGAAGGCCAUGACAGGAGCCAUGACCACACUCAGAAUCCCCUACCACAAUCCCGAGAACGAGAUGUACGCCACGUGGCUGCGGGACGUGAACACGGUGCAGGUCUCUCAGCUGGAGCGAGGCUACGUCGACGGGAUCCGCCGCCUGUGGGCCGAUUCGGGCAUCCGGGCGUGUUACAGCCGGCGGUGCGAGUACCAGCUGCUGGACUCCACAGAGUACUACAUGAGCAACCUGGACCGCAUCUCCGCACCGGACUACAUCCCCACAGAGCAGGACGUGCUGCGCGUUCGAUUCCCCACCACGGGCAUCCACGACUACUCGUUCACCAUCAACAAAAUCACGCUAAGGAUCGUGGACGUGGGCGGCCAGAAGUCGGAGCGUCGGAAGUGGAUCCACUGCUUCGAGAACGUCACCUCGCUCAUCUUCCUGGCCUCGCUGAGCGAGUACGACCAGGUGCUGGAGGAGAGGGACACCAUCAACCGUAUGCACGAGAGUCUGGCUUUGUUCUACACCACCAUCCAUUCCCCUUGGUUCUUAUACACCUCCAUCAUCCUCUUCCUCAACAAGACGGACAUCCUGGCAGACAAAGUGCAGACCUCUGACCUGCAGCGAUACUUCCCGGGCUUCACAGGUAAUCAGCGCAACCCAGAGGACGCCAAGAACUACAUCCGCAAGCUGUACGAGCAGCAGGCCGCCAACCGCGACAAAAGGGAGGAGUGGAAGACUCUGUACCCGCACUUCACCUGCGCCACGGACACCAGCAACAUCCGCAAGGUCUUCAGCGACGUCAAGGACACGGUUCUGAUCAAGUCCCUCAGGGACUACGGGGUCAUCUGACCUGCUUCGACCCUCUGCCUGCACGUCUCACUUCUCACCCCCGACCCCCCCACGAUGGCCAAAACGUCACUUCUUUUUCUCUGAUCUGUAUUUCCGAGGCGACGGUCGGACCUUCGUUUCGUCGUCUGUGCUGCUCCUCCUCCUCGUCCUCCUCCUCCUCCUGCUGCUCCACCGCUUCCCCCUCGUGCGGAGAAGGGAAGGUGGAAAAAUAAAGGGCCGAGUUUGUUCUCAUCGCCCGCCUCCCCCGCCCGCCUUCUCUCUCUCUUAAGCGCGGGGGCGUUUAGGGAGAUUGGGAGAGACAAACCAGACUUGAGUGACUCCUGAUCGGGGAGCGAGGAACCAGUAAUCACCGUCAGGUCUCUGAGGCAGCGGCCCCCCCUCCGCCCGCUUUGAGUGUUGGGUUGACACAGUGGACGGAUUGAACCGUAAUUGAAGCAGAAGCCGAGACCCUGUGAAGUACUGUGGCGCCAUUAACGGGGUAAUGACUUUCACAAGUGGAGGCGGCAGCGGCAGCGGCGGCGGCGCGCUCGCGGACGCCGGACCUGCCGCUCAGCUUUUCGGGGCUUCACCCGGCGGUGCGUUUAGGUUCCAAACAAGGGGG